AUGGACGGCCUGGAUGCAGCUCCAGUUCCCAGUUCCCAGAACCAGCUGGAGCUCCUAAAAACCAGUGGCCGUCGGUUCCACACUCCGUCUGACGAUGCCCUCCCCAGAUUGACUGAUGUUGAAGCAGCGGAGGCCUUCAUCGACACUGAUGAUGUUGCAGUGAUCGGCUUCUUUGAGGGAGAGGAGAGCUAUGGCUAUAAGGAGUUUUUGGAGGCCGUUAAAGAGGUGAAGCCCAUCCCGGUGGCCCUGUGCAGUGAUAAGGAAGUGUGGGCCAACUACAACAUUGCCACCGACACCAUCAGCAUCUUCAGAAAGGCGGAUGUAGCCCAAGAGAAUUUGCAGCUGUCUGAUGCAAAGAAGGUGGAUGCUGAUGGGUUGAUACGCUACAUGAAAAUGAAUAACGUCCGCUACAUCACAGAGUACAACCAAGUGACUGCCACGGGCCUGUUUCAGUCGCGGGUGAAGACGCACGUCCUGCUCUUCGCCAACAGGGGGAGUGCCGACUACUCCAAGCUGCAGAAGAGGCUGGGGGCUCUGGCCCCUGACUUCAGUGGAAAGUUCCUCUUUGUCCUGGUGAACGGGGCAGUGAAGACCAACGAGCGUUCCCUGGGCUACUUUGGCCUGAAGAUGCGUGACCUGCCCCGCGUGGGCCUCUACGACAGCGACCUGGACCAGAAGUGGCUCAUGCCCAAAGGUGCCAUCACCAAGGACGCCGUGCGGGCAUUCUGCCAGUCCUUCCUGGACGGAGAACUCCAGAAAACACAGGAGGCGGGCGAACCUGAAGCCAAGACUGAACUCUGAUCUGAACCGUCUGAUCCAAAUAAAACCUUUUACUGUAGAAACCUAA